UCAAACAGAUAUCGGCUGAGAGUAGCGAGAUUUUUGUUGUAUUGUUGCAUGUUACUGUUAGAUAUAUUUAGUUUUUUGUGAAAAAAGGUCCAGGUAAUUUUGUAUCCCAAUAUGAUGAACGCAACAAGUAUUCCUGAAAUUAUUGCUCCGUUGUAUUUGGCAAAUGAAUAUUUGCCAGAAAAUCCGCUGAAAGCGCCGUUCCGAGAUGCGUGGAAUUCUAUGAACGAAAACUACACAAAGUUUCAGAUUGCGACAUGGGGAUCUCUUAUUGUACACGAGUUUGUGUACUUCGCAGCAUGUUUGCCUGCAUUUCUCUUCCAAUUCAUGCCGUUCAUGAGAAGAUUUAAGAUACAGCCAGAUAGACCGGAAACCUUUGAUAAACAAUGGAAAUGUUUCAAGCUGCUCAUGUUCAGUCAUUUCUGUAUCCAGCUGCCCAUGAUAACUGGUACAUACUACUUCACAGAGUUUUUCAACAUCCCGUAUGAUUGGGACCACAUGCCAGCAUGGUGGGACAUUGGGUUGCGAGUGUUUGGCUGUGCGGUGAUAGAGGACACGUGGCACUACUUCCUGCACUGGGCGCUGCACGACAGGAGGAUUUACAAAUACAUCCACAAGCUUCACCACAACUUCCAGGCUCCAUUUGGAAUGACUGCAGAGUAUGCUCACCCACUUGAGACAAUUAUUCUUGGCUUGGGUUUCUUCAUCGGGAUCAUGACAUUCGCAAAUCAUAUCAUCUUGCUGUGGGCUUGGGUGACCAUCCGCCUCCUCGAAACCAUAGACGUGCAUAGCGGCUACGAUAUCCCUUAUCUGAACAUCUUUCAUCUCUUCCCAUUCUACGCAGGGUCUCGGUUCCACGACUUCCACCACUACAACUUCACUGGGAACUACGGUUCAACGUUCACGUGGUGGGACAAGCUGUUCAAGACAGACUCGCAGUUCUAUGAGUACCAGGCCAAGGUCCAGGCUGGCAAAGUCAGCAAAAAAGACACAUGAAAAAAACCCAACCCUGUCAUAGACUUCUUAUUUAUAUAUAUAUAUAUCAAGCAAAAUAUGUGUGAGUGCUCAUUCUGUUAGUCCUUUUUUUUCCCUUUAUUUUUUUUUCUUUCUUUGUAUUGUUGCCUUGAAUGCUUGCCUUAGAGGUUUUUCGUAAAAUUGUGAGUGUUUGUUUUUUAAGAAAUCCAAAAGAUUAAUUAUACCAAAAACUAGAUAUUUUAAACCCAUUUUUAUGUAUUUAGAAUGUCCAGUAAUUGUGUUAAACAAUAUUUUAAACUAAUGUUAAAAAAAAAAAAAAAUGUUUUUAGCAAUUUGGUUUGUUUUGUUUCAAAAUCUCUGCUCAAGGUCAAAUGUUUGUAAACAAAGUAUAGCAAUUUUUUUAUAAACAUGAUAAUUUUUUGAAUAUAAUUCCUAUUUUGGCAAUUAAAACAAUUAGUCAAUCGCUGCUUAACACUGCAAACUGAGUAGAUGUUAAUUAUUUAACCAUUUAUAAUAUACUGUGACAUGCUAUUCUUUAAUACCGUGAAGACACAAGUCUCUAAUUUAGAUGACAUAAUAAUGUAAACAACUAACCAUUAAGCGUCAACCUAUGUUUUCUCCACUGUUCACUGUAACAAAGUAUUACAGAAUAUUGUAGCAGUCUUGUUUGUCUUAUUAAGGCAUUUCACCAAAUAUAUUUUUAUUGAUUGUGAAAAAAACCCACACAAAUUGGUUGAGACUAGUUGUGUUUGUAUUUAGCAUUGGAAAAGAUAAAUUUAAUAUCAAAAUUGUGAGGUGAGAUUGUGGGUUUAAGUAAAAUUGAAAUUUUCAAACCAUUGCACGAAAUUGGAAAUGUCACUAUAAAAAAUAAAAAUAAAAAUUCUUAUGGCUGAAAAUUUUUUGUUCUCAAAAUUUUGAUUAGCAAUAUUUCUAGUUAAUUGAAAAUUGAAUAGCAACUACUGUUUAAUGUUUUAAAAUUGUGUAGUGAUCUCAAAUUGCUAUAAAUAACAUAAUAAUAGCAAACUAAUUAACUGUCAUUAAUAUUUUGUACUAAUGUGAAAUGAGUUGGAUUAGUUCAUUUGAAUUGUAUGGAUAUUUGCUCAAUCUUCACACAUCUGUCCGAUGUAAGAUUACUG